GCCACCACCAACCAACCACGAAACCUUGAUACGCAGUGCUAGGUGCCAACCUCGACGUUUGAUUCAGUUCAGCCUCAUCGCAUCAUCACUCGUCUUUCUCUGGUAGAACUGUUUCCUUAUACCGAGAUUAUACGACAAGAACCACACGCCACCUACCGGUCUUACAAGUACGGAAACGAACUGAAGAGAGAAAGAGAUAUAGAGAGAAGGGGGCAAAGAAGACAUCAAGAGAUCAAGAGAUAAACGCAGACAAAGAUGUCGAAAGCAGCAGAGGCGGGGUUGAUGAACGCGGAGAUGGUGCUGAGGUUCCGCGAAGGCGAUCUCAAGAAGGCGAUUGAGAAAUUGACAAAGGAGCAAGCCAAGGAGACGAAGGAACUGCUAAAGCUCAUGAAAACCGGCGACGAAGACCUCAUCAACGGCCAAGCCUCCCUCGUCGCCUCCCUCCAAGGCACCAUACGCGACCUAACCCGCUCCAAACAACGCCUCCACAUCUUCGCCGCCAAAAUAAAAUCCGCGCGCCUCAACCAAUCCAUCGGGACCUCCAUGGUUGCCGUAUCGCGCGCCCUCGGCCGGGUAACCAAGAACAUCGAGCUCGAGCGCGUGGAGGCCGUCAUGGCGGACCUGGGGAGGCAGUAUGAGGAUAUCGAUGUUAUGACGCAGGUGCUUGAUAGUGCGACGGCGACGGGGAGCGCGAGCACGGCGAGUCCGGAGGAUGUGGAGAAGGUGAAGAGGCAGGUGGCGGAUGCGGCGGGGGUGGAGAUGGGGAGGGAGUUGGAGGGGGGGAGGGUGCCGACUACGAAGGUUGGACCGACGGCUGAGGAGGAGGAGGCGAGUAGUGAGAGGUUGAAGGCGCUGAGGCAGGGUGCGUAG